CAGAGAUAUCGAUAUUGACGAUUGCUCAAUUGCUUUGGUUGUUCGACACAACUAGCAACCAGAUAGAGCUUCUGUUUCUACUAUAUAGACAGUAAACCGCCACUGCUGAUAUAGUUCUGGUCGAAAGAAACCUAGACUUCCUGGCACGAUGGCAGGCCGCACGUACCCGUCGGAAUCGCUAUAUGGACCCGGUUGGACGCAAGUUUCGGAUGCCGAAUGGGCAGCGUUGGAGAAUGAUGACGAGUAUGAAGAUGUCGAGGAAGAGCUCUAUGUGACCAUGGAUCUGGGGACGUACGUAUCGCCGACAGUAUUGAUGCGAGCGACCGAGUGUCAGCUAGUGGGAUUGGAUACGCCAAAACCCUGGCUGAAAAUCGGGAAUCACGUCUAUCGUGGUAUGCACGAUCAGCUGAUCGGCAGCGAGAUCCUUUUCCGCACGCAAAAAGACUCUGAAGAUCCGCUCAAUGCCACGCAUACGCCCUUCGACCGCACCGAUAGACGGAUCAGUUUCCGACCUAUGGUACCCAAGGCCAAAGCGAGUAGCAGCAAGAAGAAGGACAAGGACAAGGACGAGGAUGAGAUAUUGGACAUGGACGAUGCGGACGACAACGAUGGAGAUCCUUCCGACCUGGAAGCUAUAGCUGCAACUGCAUCUACAGCUAAAGCUAAGAAGAUGACGGCAAAGGAUGCCGGUGAUACGACAGCGACGGGCGAGAACGGAACCCCCGAAAUUUCUAGGCCGGAAGUGGAAGCUCCGUUCGGAUUCACCAAAGCUGGGAGACCUAGGAAACGACCAGGACCUGCACCAGGUACCAAACGAGGACCUCCUCGACCCGUUUCCCUCUCUCCUCCCCGUUUCGACGACAACGGAGAAAUUAUACCUAGACGAUCACCCACCCCCGAACCCCUAGACCCUGUGUCUGAAUCCGGCUUGCAGAUUCCGGACGACGGAAUCCCCACCCGUCGAAGUUCUCGCAACCCAGCUACUCGCGCUCAGCAACGAGCUCAGGCUCAGGAGAGGUUGGACAAGAAGAUGCAGAAGAUUGAAAAGCUUGUCGAGGCAGAGGUGAUGGGUACGAGGACGGGGAGGAGGAAGGGGGCGAAGACUACCCCAAUGUUGCCAGGAUUCCAAGGUAGUGAGCUUGCGGCCAAGGACAAGAAGAAGAGAGAGACGGGGAAAGGGAAGGAGCAGCCAGGGCAGGCGGGGCCUAGCGGCACGACCGGCGACGUCCAGUCGCCUAGCCUUCCGCCUCCUGACGACGACAUGGAAGUGGAAGAAUGAGACGCAUUGCCUGAUUACGACCAGAGGUUAUCGUAUUUUGUUGUAAGAUUCCACGCCGCUAUGUCACUCCUGUCAAAGUCGGAUC